GGGGUCUCAGUGUGCAGCUUGUUGCUCUGAGUGAAAUUUCUGUCAAAUGGAUUUUAACCACCUGUAGCGGCAGAAAAAGGGGAGUAGAAAUCAACUGUUUAAGAAAUCACCAUGACCCUGAAUUUUGUUGUAAACACGACCUCAUGGGAGGGCCUGAACUCCAUUUCCAACUCCUCAGGAGUGCACAAAAAUCCCUUGACCUUCCAAAACAUCACUUAUGUUGAUUUCUACCUCCACAAGCCCUCAGUUGCUGCAGUCUUCACUGUGUCCUACCUGCUUAUCUUCCUGGUGUGCAUGGUGGGCAACGGGGUGGUGUGUUUCAUUGUGCUGCGCAGCAAAAACAUGCGCACGGUCACCAACCUGUUUAUUCUCAACCUCGCCAUCAGUGACCUGCUUGUCGGCAUCUUCUGCAUGCCGACCACACUGGUGGACAACGUCAUAACAGGCUGGCCAUUUGGUCGGGUAGUUUGUAAGCUAAGUGGGAUGGUUCAAGGCAUAUCUGUGUCAGCAUCUGUGUUUACUCUGGUGGCAAUAGCUAUUGAUAGGUUCCGCUGCAUUGUCUACCCUUUCAAGCAGAAGCUGACCAUCGCCACCUCAAAACUAAUAAUUGUCAUCAUUUGGGUCCUGGCUGUGGCCAUAAUGUGUCCUUCAGGCAUCAUGCUCCAGGUCACAAAAGAGCAGAGGGUGCGAAUAGUCCUCGGCAGCAACAACGACACCCGUCCCUUCUACUGGUGUCGCGAAAAUUGGCCCAAUCAGGAAAUGCGGAAAAUCUACACUACUGUCCUCUUUGCUAACAUCUACCUUGCUCCUCUUAGCCUCAUUGUAAUCAUGUACGCUCGCAUUGGUUACACGCUCUUCAAGACCACUAUCUCCCCUGUUAGGGGCAGUGGGAGUGAGUCUCUAGAAGGCAGUGGCAACAACAAGUCAAGCAUGGAAGGUCGCCAGACAAUCACAAGGAAGAAGAAGCGAGUCAUUAUGAUGCUGCUCGUUGUGGCUCUGCUCUUCAUCUUAUCCUGGCUGCCUCUGUGGACCCUGAUGAUGCUGAGCGACUACAUCAGCCUAACACAGCAUCAGUAUCGUGUCAUUAAUAUUUACAUGUAUCCCUUAGCUCAUUGGCUGGCUUUCUCAAACAGCAGCAUCAACCCCAUCAUCUACGGAUUCUUCAAUGAGAACUUCCGCAGAGGCUUCCAGGCAGCAUUCAAAUUCCAGCUGUGCUCUGCUGAGAUUCUGCGGCAGAGGACUUACUCCCAUCGGAUCAGAGGGAAUGCUGUGGUCCCCCUUCGGCCUGUCGCCCCCAGCAGAUCAGGCUCUGGAGUUGGAUCGGGGUUAGUGGGAGAUAGGAAGAGCUCAAGUCAGGAGGAAGAGUGCUUGUCUGGUAAAAAUGAAAUCAAAGAAAAAGAUGUGAUCAUGGAGGACCUGAAAAGGGUGUCCAAGAUUUAGGCAGACUUUGACAAUGUGCAGUGACUGCUCCGUUUCACAAACAAAGAGGUUUCUUUAAUUUGUUGUCGAUGAAUAGACUACUUUCAUUCCUUGUAAAUCUAAAUAUGGCUUAUGGUGUUAUGGUGUAUAUGGCAAAGUAUGAUAUAAGCAGAGACUUUAAAACGACUGAAAACUUCUCUACAACAUUUCAAGAGCACCUAUGAUUCCUGCUUCCUGCUUGUUAUUUUUGUUCUUGGACAACUGCAGUAGAGAGUUCAUCCAUCCAUCCAUCCAUGGUCUGGGAUGUAGGGGUAGCAGUCUAAGCAGAUGCUCAAUUUUCCUCAGCCACCUCCUCUGGCUCUUCUGGUGGCUGGGUUAUUGAGGCUUUCUCAAGUCAGCUGAGAGACAUAUUCUCUCCGCUGGGUUCUGGGUCUACCAUGGGGGCUUCUCCCAGUUGGAUAGUUGUCCAGGAGGCAUCCUAUACAGCUGCCAUGACCACCUCAGCUGACUUCUUCCAAUGUGGAAGAGUACCAGCUCUACUCUGAGUCCCUCCCAAAUGACCAAGGUCCUCAACAUGUCUCUAAAGGAGAGCUCAGCAUUUUGUCUGGGAAAGCUAAAAUCUGCCGCUUGAAAGCUAAUGUCUGCUUCAAUCUCAUUGUUUUGGUUAUUAUUAGUAACUCGUGGCCAUAGAUGAGUGUGGGAGGGCAUGAAUCAUCCUUAGAGUAGAGAGUAUUAAUUCUUAUUUAUCCUUUACUUGGCCUUGGUUUGGCCUCUUUGUUCAUGAACAAAGAAGGGCUGAAGUUAAAUGGAGAGAGAAUAAUCUUUUUUUUUUUUUAAUCUCCUCUACCUUUAAACCAGCUUUUUCCUAAGUGGCUGCCACUUGAAAACAAAAGAGUUGAACAAUGGAUAAGUGAGGCUUAUUAUAAUCAUAUUAAAGAACAUCUUUGUGACAUUAAAAAGAUUCAAGAGUUUAAAAGAAAGUAAGUGCAGCUGAGUGUUUAGAGGCAUAUGAGACCCAAGCCUUUGGUUCUCAGGGAUUCCUUAUACAUAUGCAGACAUCAUUAUUUCAAACCUUGUUUAAUAUGAGCAUCUAGCACUGUAAUAGAUCCCCCAUAUUAUUCAUGACUUGAAAAAAAGAGAAUGAAAAAAUCUUAAUUGGUUCUCCAUAAUUAAUGCUGCCAUCCUUAAAAUCGCCAUGGUUACAGCAGGCACUGUAGCAAAAUGCCCCCACAGUUACUUUGCCAGAAGUACAAAAGGAAAACAAAUGGUGCACCUUCACAGCAGAGGCACACAAAGAAAUCAGUCAAUAGUGAGUAACAGCAGGCCCUGCUAUUGUUUCGUGCUAUUGUUAACACAGAUUUUUUGCCUCAUCAACAUUUGGUGUGGAUAUAGUUUGAUCACAUCUGGAUGGCAGUACACUACUAGCAUAAGAAACUAUCUUCAGGUGCUGUGCAAAUAUUUCUCAGAUGUUGGGUCAUGGGCAGACAUGGCAUUUUUAACUGAAAAAACAAAGACGCCUUUCAUAAGUAGUUCCACAAAGAGCUCCCACUUCAGCAGAAAAUUGUGUGCAGCCCGAAUGAAGAAACAAGCAUUUAAGAUAUGAGAGGAAAUCUGAAAAGAAUUUUUAGUUUUACAAUUUAAUAAAGAAGGAGAACAAGUGCAGUAUCUUCAAUUCUGUUUUUGUUCACAUUCUAACUCUAUACACUUUAUACAAAUGUUAAAAAAUGAUUUUCACAUAUUUGACACAUGUUAUUUAUGGUCUCGUCUGUGUAUGCUGGUAACUGUGCACACUGUCUGAUUGGUGUGCACAACAUCCGUAAUGUAAAAAAAUGUGCUCUUUAAACAUAAAUGGUGUUUUGUAGGUUAUAAAUGUGUUUUGUAGGAUGGUUAUAAAACUGCUUUCAGUGGUUAAACUGGGAAAAUACAUCAUUGAUAUGCUGUGUGUAAAACAUAACUCAUCAUGGGCAGGCUUGUCUGUCUAAUCUUCUUUUUGAUGAAUGCUAAGCUUGUGUACAGAUAUAGGAUUUUACCCUUGUUCCUCUAUAACCUCAACGUGAAUGUAAUGAAAUGUGAAAUAUUGUUCUGCAUAUUGUUACAGUCUGAAAGUGGAACUUACAUAUUAGUGUUUUCAU